AUGUCCAGCCGCUCCUCGCCCAAUCUCGUUCCUUAUCUUCCUCCACCGCCACCUCUGAGCCAACAUCGUCGUCCUUCCUGCACUUCCUCCUCCUCCUCCUCCUCCUCCUCCCCUCCUCCUCCUCCCCUCCUCCUCUUCCUCCUCUCUCGAGCUCUCGCCCCGUCCGUUCGUUCGUUGCUGUUGCCACCUGGCACCUGGCACCCGGCCGCACGAGAUCGCGGCCGGCACAGCACGCCCUUGGUCCCCGCCCCGUGUCACCUCGUCUUGCCGCCUCGCCUGGCCGCCUCGCCUGGCCGCAUUAUCUUGCCGCUUCGUCCUGGCCACGCUCGCGGAUCAAACGCUGGCCACUCCUGCGCCGUGACUGUCAGCCUCGGGCCACCGACCGGCGAAGCCCCACCGCCUGCGACCCGACCAACUCUUCCAAGAACCCUCUGGGCCCUUCGAAAUCACAACCCCACCGACGUGCCGAACCGCGAUCCGCGAUCCCUCCACCUUCGGCGAGGUCCCCCCUUUGUUGCACCCGAAUCGCAUUCGCCCCUCGCCCUCCUCUUUCGCCCUCCCGAGCAUGGCGGCAAGAAUGAUGGGCUCCGGCCACAUGCCUCCGGUCCCCAACCGCGAGGACAUCAGCGCUACGUGAUUUGCCCCGAUGCCCCCGUGCCACCCGCAAGCUCGUCGUCGCCUGACAUGACUCGCAGCUGGAACUACCUUCAAUCGGGCAUCAAACGCAUCAUGACGGAGCUGGAGCAAGGCAUCGACAUGCAAAUGUACAUGGGAGUAUACACCGCCGUCCACAACUUCUGCACCUCGCAAAAGGCUGUCGGCCUCACCGGUCCCGCCAUGCACUCGAACCAUCGCGGAGCCCACCUUCUCGGCGAGGAGCUCUACAACAACCUCAUCGCCUUCCUGAAAACCCAUCUCCUCGAGCUUUACGAGGAGUCCAAGCUGCACACCGAGGAGGCUCUGCUCUCCUACUACAUCAAGGAGUGGAACCGAUAUACCACCGCCGCCAAGUACAUCCACCACCUUUUCCGGUAUCUGAACCGUCAUUGGGUCAAGCGGGAGAUUGACGAGGGAAAGAAGAACGUCUACGACGUCUACACCCUCCACCUCGUCCAAUGGCGCAAGGUGCUCUUCCAAAAAGUCUCGGGCAAGGUCAUGGACGCCGUCCUCAAGCUCGUCGAGAAGCAACGCAACGGAGAGACCAUCGAGCACCGCCGCAUCAAGCAGGUCGUCGAUUCCUUCGUCUCCUUGGGCCUCGAUGAAGCCGACCCGACAAAGUCAACCCUCGACGUCUACCGUAUCCACUUCGAGCGCCCCUUCCUCGCCGCCACCAAGGAGUUCUACCAAGCCGAGUCGAAGCAGUUCGUCGCCGAAAACAGCGUGGUCGAGUACAUGAAGAAGGCCGAGUCUCGCCUGCGCGAGGAGGAGGAGAGGGUCGAGAUGUAUCUCCACCACGACAUCGCCGUCCCCCUGAAGCGCUGCUGCAACGUCGCCCUCAUCGCCGAGCACACGACGCUCCUGCGCGAAGAGUUCCAGGUCCUGCUCGACACCGAUCGCGAGGAGGACAUGGCCCGCAUGUACCGGCUGCUGUCCCGCAUCCCCGACGGCCUGGAGCCGCUGAGGACAAGGUUCGAGGCCCACGUCCGCAACGCCGGUCUCGCCGCCGUCCAGAAGAUUCAAACGUCGGAGGGCGACAAGCUGGAGCCCCAAGUCUACGUCGAAGCCCUCCUCGAGGUCCACCUGCAGUACCGGCUCCUCGUCAAGAAGGCCUUCAACGACGAGGCCGAGUUCACCCGCUCCAUGGACAAUGCCUGCCGAGAGUUCGUCAACCGGAACGAGGUCUGCAAGUCGGCCUCGAACAAGUCGCCCGAGCUGCUCGCCAAGUACACCGACAUCCUCUUGCGCAAGAGCAGCACGAGCAUCGACGAGUCCGACCUCGAGCGCAUCCUCACCCAGAUCAUGGUCAUCUUCCGAUACAUCGAGGACAAGGACGUCUUUCAGAAAUUCUACUCGCGAAUGCUGGCCAGGCGCCUCGUCCACAGCCACUCGUCCUCGGACGACGCCGAGACCAGCAUGAUCAGCAAGCUGAAGGAGGCCUGCGGCUUCGAGUACACCAACAAGCUGCAGCGCAUGUUCCAGGACAUGCAGAUCUCCAAGGACCUGAACAGGGAGUUUGCCGAUCACCUCUCGGGUCUCGGCUCCACCACUCGCUUGGAUUCCACCUUCUCCAUCCUCGGCACCGGCUUCUGGCCCCUCACCCCGCCGAGCACGCACUUUCACCCGCCCGCCGAGGUCACCUUCGAGGUCGAACGUUUUGCCCGUUUCUACAAGCACAAGCACGACGGCCGAAAGCUGACGUGGCUGUGGCACCUCUGCAAGGGCGAGAUACGCACCAACUACUGCCGCGCCAGCAAGACGCCCUUCACCUUCCAGGUCUCGGCCUAUCAGAUGGCCAUCCUCCUCCUCUUCAACGAGAAGGAGACGUACACGUACGAGGACAUUCUGAGCGCCACCCAGCUCAGCAACGAGGUCCUCGAUCAGUCGCUCGCCGUCAUUCUCAAGGCCAAGGUCCUGCUCAUGCCGGGUGCCGCCGGCGAGAAGCCUGGCGCCGGCAAGACGUUCACUCUCAACUACGACUUUCGGAGCAAGAAGAUUCGAGUCAACCUGAACCUGGGCGGUAUGAAGGAGUCGAAGCAGGAGGAGGCCGAGACGAACAGGACGAUUGAGGAGGAUCGCAAGCUGGUCCUUCAAUCGGCCAUCGUGCGCAUAAUGAAGGCGCGGAAGAAGAUGAAGCACUCGCAGCUCGUCAGCGAAACCAUCCACCACAUCCGCUCUCGCUUUGUUCCCAAGGUGAGCGACAUCAAAAAGUGCAUAGAAAUCCUCCUCGACAAGGAAUACCUAGAGCGUCUGGAUGAGGACGAGCUUGGUUAUCUGGCCUAG